UAAGGUAUUAACUCUGCGCUGUAGUAGUAUCUUUUGAGCCGUCGUCUAGUGAAUAUCGUUUUUCAUUUAGGUGUUGCACAUGGCCAAAGUCAAUAUAUAAUAUGCAAAGACCACAGCAAAGUUGAAGUUUUAUUUUUUUCUUCUGUAUUCUCAAUUAUAAAGAUGGCGUCAAGUGAUAUUUUAAGUCAUUUGCUCAAUAGAAAACGCCUUUGAACGAGUGCAAUGAAUUUUUUUUUUUGGGGGGAAUCAUGUGUUGUAUACAGUGCUGUGGGGUUGUUUUUGAUAUCGUAAUUAAGCGUAUUGAUUUUAUGACAUGAUGGUGAAAUGGUUUAUGACAAUUUGUACGGCUAACAGUGAGUGUAUAAGUGAAAAAGUGAAAUUUGGUAAACAGAUUUAGCCGUGCGUGAACUUUUUGUUGUUGUUGUGGCUGCUGUUGCAUAUGUUGCAUUUUGUGCGCAUCCGGAAUCAAUUUUACAAAUAAGACAGCAUGGAUAUCGAAUCUGACGAGUCGGAACGAUGGGAGGAUUUUUUUGGAAGUUCAACCGAACUAGCCCCAUCUGUCAUUGGCUAUUACGAUCGACUCAGUACUGGAAUUGAACAAAUUAUCUCGCUGCCAAUAAAUGAGUCGACAUUUAACGAAAAACCAGAACCUACAACAGUCAAAACAAACCAUACGACACCAGUGCCUCCGAGCCACGUCGCAUACGUACCACCACCAGCAACACAGAAUUCCGCCGCUCAACUGAAACAUAAAAAUUUCCGAGUCCUAUCACAAAAGGUUCAGCGCAUAAUUUCCCAUUCCGGUUCCGAUGGUGAUAUUUUGGAAACUCGAAGGAAAAUCGAACAUGAAACGUCCAGUCAAAUCAUAAACACAACGAAAUAUUUCAAACGAAUCGGUUCGUUGAAGAACAAGCACACGAAUAUACCGCUGUCGAAGAAUACGUGCAAGUUGACGCAAGCCGGAAAUGAACUGGUCGACACGUUAGAUUCGAAACUAUUUUCCAGUUGUGAAUCGUUGAACGAUCCAGUCGAGAAGAAGAGAUUGUCAAAGACAAUUUCGUCCGGUCACGAUCCACCGAAAGUAGUCAAGUCAAGUAAUAUUCUGAAAAUCAUUCAACGUCUGCAAUCAGUGAACGGUAGUCAAACAGAUGAUGAGAUUGAUGAAAGUGGCAGCAUGUCGACUAGUGAAGUGAACUCAAUAAACGGUCACCAAAGUGAACCACUUACAGAAGCCGUAAAUUAUUUUGUUAAAAUUCCGACCGAUCUCGCAGAAGUUGAAAACUUCAAAAAUUUGCAAAUAAGUGACGUGAAUGGUGACCUAGUUGAAAGUGAAGAGACUGUUCCAAGCCAGCCCACGAUAGAGAGUAUUCUCGAAAAUGGCUGUAAAAGCCAUUCAAAUCAAGAUGAACCCGAAGACUUAACAACACAACGCGUAUCCCUACCGAAAGAUGUAACAGAAAGCCCAUUCAAUAAUAAAUCUUCGUUGACGAUACCGGACAUUGCGCGAUUAAAACAUCGACCACUGUCCGCAUCGUCAAUAUGUUCCACAUCAUCCAGUUCCAGUUCCGGAUCGGAGAAUUCGGCAAGUAAAAUUGGUGUGUCGUAUCUGGCCAGUGUCGAAAGUCUCGCCGAUCACAGUGAAAAUGAACUGAUCAGUGGCAAUAUGACGUUGUGCGAGAGAGCCUGCCGCGAAAUUAUCGAUUCGGAGAAAACGUAUGUGGACGAUUUGGGUCAAGUUAUCAAAGGUUACUUACAAGACUGGAAAGAAAGAGCAUGCCUGAAAUUGGACGAGCUUAAAACGCUUUUUAGCAAUAUCGAGGAUGUGUUCGACUUCAACUCAAUACUUCUUAAGCAAUUACUAAAUUCUGGAACGGAUCCUGUGAAGAUCGCAAAGUGUUUCCUAAGUAUGAAGGAUCGUUUCGAUGCAUACACGGUUUAUUGCACCAGAUAUCCUGAAGCUAUAUCACUCUUGACUUCACUUUUACAAGCAUCACACACAAACGCCCUAUUGACUUCAACGCAAAAAAUGUUGCAGCACACACUGCCGCUGGGAUCGUAUUUAUUAAAGCCGGUUCAACGUAUAUUAAGAUACCACCUAUUGUUAGACAAUCUACGAAAGCAUUGUGAUGUGACCGAAGUGGCAGAAGCUCAUCUGCUAAUGAAAGAUGUAGCCAAGAACAUUGAUCAGGUGAAAAAGAACUUGGAACAACAGAGUCGAGUCAAGGAAUUGUCUGGAAUACUAGAUGGAUGGCUUGGACCAGAGCUAACAGUCCUUGGUGAUCUUAAACUUGAAGGUCCCUUAAUGGAAAACAACAAACCCCGAGUGGUACUGCUCUUUCAAAACAUGUUGAUCAUAACAAAAAAGAAGGAGGACAACCGAUUGCAGUACAAAAAUUUUAUUCACUGUAAACAUUUAAUGUUGAUCGAACAUCUGCGUGGCGAACCGUGCAGUUUCAACGUAAUACCGUAUAACGAUGAACAUCCUAGUCAAAUAAAGCUUACAGCGAAAAGCCGCGAACAGAAACGGCAAUGGGCACAUCACAUCAAACAGGUGAUGCUCGCACAUUUUGAUAUACCGAGCCGUGCAGUGGAACUAGUCUAUAAACUGGGUGACGACGAAGAAGAACCAACAUCCGACAAAAAUACAUGGAAAUGGGGCACAAACUCAUCCACCGCAACACCUGAAUAUUUGGAGCGUCGCAAUCAAUAUCGUCGAAGUGAAAUGCGCUAUCGAUCGGCGAAGAAGCAACGAAAGACCAUGGCCACCAGCAUUUCAAUGGAGGCAUUCGACAGCAAGUCACAGGAAAAAUAUCUUAAUCACAGCCUGGACGACAGUGUACUACUAUCGUCGAAAAUCAAUUUUAAACCUAAAGUCAACUGUAACCAUCGGGAUGACAACUGUAACUGCAGCCUUGUGAAAAGUGAGCUGAAUUCGACGUUGUCGCGUAAGAAUGGAAUGAAGGACAAAGACGGAAGAGGGCGAAGUAAAUCGGAGCCGCGUAUUAGUGAUAUUUUCGUGAACAAGCACAACACUAUGCGAGAACAGGGUUCAAUGAAAUUGUCCACGGAAAGUUUGUUUCCCAAAACGUCGGCGAUGAAUCGAAACAAAAUCCGAAAUGUGGAUGUGAAGAUGUACAACACGAAAACGUUACCGAAGCGAAUAGCUAAUUUGAAGAAACAACGAGCUCGGUCCAUGAAGGAAACAUCGAAAUUUUACAUGGAUCUGCCAAUGGACGACACUGUGCUUCGAAUCACUGAGAGUACGGAAAAUCUAAACAAAAUUGACGGAACAGAUGUGACUGAAGACACGAAGAAAAAUACACCCGACGCCGAUGAAACUGUUCCGAAAGAUGAUGCUAGUCCUGGUACGAAGAAGGACAUCGAAAUUAUUUGCGAUCUACUGAAGGACAAGCAAAAGGAAUUCGAUCGAAUUCUGAAUAAACCACCGAAGAAGAAAUCCUUUGACAAUGGAAAGUUCAGUGGAAAUCACGAACCGCCAGUGCCAAUACCCGACGAUAACGACGAGACAACAGAACAGAAUGCAAAAGAACCGUCACAAUUGCGUGAACGGCUUUUCUCCCGUACCAAUAGUACUUCGAGCGACUACAACACCACCGAACCGUUAUACGAGUCGUUGCUUCGUAACGUACAUGUUCCUUACAAAUACUCGCCAGUUUUGAGUAGAUCGAUCUCGCAGCCCCAGCAAAAGUCUUGUCGCAUUACGAAACGUGAUGUAAAGCGACCGGAAUCCGAUUAUGUAACACUCGUAUACAGCGAAACGGGUCAAUUACAGAGCGUUGAUGGCCAUGUUAUUGUCGCAGCACUGAAAGACGAUCCAUUGACUAUGCGCAGCAGUGAUUCGAACAUAAACUACAACAAAGUCAAUGCGUCACUGGGACGAGACGAUGAAGGAAUAUCAUCGAGCUCAUCCGGUAAUUUGGACAGUCAGAAUAGCCUGAACAACGAAACUGGUCACAUUGAUGGUAGUAAUGAUUGUGGCAUGCAAGAUUCAUGCAGCACCAUAUCGAACAAAAGCAUCGACAAUAUCAGCACCACAACUACAAGAUCUGAACGAAGAAUAUCCGAUGCAUCGACCGACCGCUGUCAUCAACAUAUCAUUCACAAGCAAGGAAGUGAAUCGAUCGGUUCGCGCAUUGCUCACAUUGACUAUGCGGAUCCUAAAACCCUAUUCUCAUCACACAGCAGCAGCAACAUUUUGAUCAACAAACACUUCUUGAAAACGCAGCAGCGUGAUUCGGCCUUUUCCCUUACAUCGUCCACUGACAGUGUCAACGAUACCAAGCAUCACAUAUUGGAGGCAAUGUGUAACGAUUCGUAUUACGAACAAAGCGUAGAAGAUUCGCUGGAGAAAGAGGAUGUCUUUCGGGAUUCAGCCAUUUACAGCGACGAUUGUAACAACGAACGCAAAACUGAGAAUCUAUACGAGGUUCCGAAUUAUGCACCGCCUAUUCUUCCCAGAAAGUCUCCGCCUAGGAUUCCGAAAAAGCCACUUCGUAGUCCACCGCCUCUACCACCUAAGCCAGUGUUGAGUUUGUUCAAGGUUGAUAAAAAUGAGAUCGACGGUCAAGUGAAUGAUGAACAGGUUACAGUGGACAGUGAUAUGUUGUCGCCCACCGAGAGUAAUUGCAGUUCGAGCAGUUGGGUGUCGAUGCAAAUAAAAAAUUUUCAGAAAUAAGAUGGGGCUUCCUUGAUGAGCGUAAAACAUUUUUUGUGCAGACGCAGUAUUGAAGUGAAUUUUAUCGUUUUAAGUAAACCGAUCACCCCAAUUACAUUGACAAAUUCUUUUGUUGUAGGCAAACGUAAGCAAUUUAAACAUAAAGUAUAAAUUUUACGACAAAAUAAUUUAUUAAUUUUGAAACAGAGGUGAUGAGUGUUCAAGCCAUGUCUGUAGUAAUUGUAGCAAAGCUAAAAAAUUUUAAUUUAAUUUCUUUUUUUAACAUUUAAGCAUUUUAAUGUCGAAAGUAUUUUUGAUUUUGUAUUUUUGUGAUUUCGUUUUUGUGGAUAGAAAACCAUAUUCUACUUUUUGCCAUACAAAACAUUUUUUAUUUUGUAGAAUCAAAACAAUUUUAUCGUAAUUUUAAUCACUACAUAGCAUUACGUUCAACAUAUUUUAAAUAAAAAGAUUUUCAAUUCGGA